AUGGAGGUGCGUGUGUCUCGUGUGCAGGUCGCUCCAGACCACAAGGUUCAGGGGUUAGGGUUCGGGACCCCCACGGCCGUCAGCUCCAUCAUCUCAGCAGUACAGCAGCAGGACUAUUCGGCAAGUGUGUGGCUGCGCAGGAGGGACAAACUCGAGCAUUCUCAGCAGAAGUGCAUUGUGAUCUUUGCACUGGUGUGCUGCUUCGCUGUGCUGGUGGCCCUCAUCUUUUCAGCUGUGGACAUCUGGGGAGAAGACGAAGAUGGGAUCACAGAGGAGAACUGUGAGAGCAGCUGUCGAGCAGUGUUGGUAGAGAACAUUCCAGAUGAUGUCCCAUUUGGAAACAACAGCACAUCCCACCUGCCUCUCUCACAGGGGCUCUACAGUCUCUUGGACCAGGCACUACGAGUGGUGGAGAUAGUCUCACCACUCUGGCUCCUCAACUCCUCUGAUUAUGAAUCCAGCUUCCAGCCAGCAGCCAGACAGGGCAGGGCUCUACUGUCCAGGCUUCAGGGACUCAAAGCCAAAGGCAUCCAACUGAAGAUCUCCAGUGGGAUAACUGACUCGAGUGAGCUGAUAACUCUGGACAAACAUUAUGCUGAGGUCCACUAUUUGAAUAUGACAGCACUCACCAAGGGGCACCUUCACUCGUCCUUCUGGGUCAUUGACAACAAGCACUUCUACAUUGGCAGCGCAAGCAUGGACUGGAGAUCACUGGCCACGAGAAAGGAGCUGGGUAUUGUGGUGUACAACUGCAGCUGUUUGGCCUUGGAUCUCCACAAAGUGUUCAGUCUGUACUGGGGACUUCAGUAUAAAGACUUCAUCCCUACCUUCUGGUCCAAGCGCCUCUUUGCUCUUUUCAACAGCGACCAGCCGCUGGAGCUAACUCUGAACAGCACCAAAGCUCAGGCCUAUGUCUCUACCUCUCCAGAUGUUUUCAUUCCCAAAGAUCGCAGUAGUGACUUGGAAGCCAUCAGUAAAGUCAUACUGGACGCCCAGCGCUUCAUAUACAUCUCCAUCCCGGAUUAUCUCCCUCUCUUUGGCAUGAAUAGUAACAAGUACUGGUCCCGUAUUGAUGGCUGUAUUCGUGAGGCUGUACUACUGAGGAAGGUCCGUGUCCGUCUGCUGAUAAGUUGUUGGGAAAAUACUCAUCCGCUCACAUUCAACUUCGUCUGGUCUCUGAGGAGCUUGUGUAUGGAGCAAGCCAACUGCUCUGUUGAAGCUAAGUUCUUCAGACCCAGAGUGCUGAGAGAUGGAAACCUGCAAGGCAUAAACCACAACAGAUUCAUAGUGACGGACAGAGCCAUUUAUUUAGGUAAUCUUGACUGGGUUGGUAAUGAGUUUUCAUACAAUGCGGGAGCUGGUUUAGUUAUUACUCAGCCAGACGAUGAAGACGACAGGAACUCUACAGUCGUUGACCAACUACGAAUGGCCUUUGAGCGAGACUGGUUUUCCUAUCACACCCACUCACUACAAGUCAAUAAAAUCCCUAUUUGUAACAAGGAGCGGAUAAACAGGAUGGCCCCAGUUAAAUCAUCACAUUAUGACAAUAUCAAUGUCGAGAAGCCUGCGCCCAUUAGAAAAAAGGAGGAGGGAUUUUUAACAAGACACUACGAUGACAAAUUUCAAAAGAAUACUCACCAAGACGCAACAGGUGGACUUGUUAUUGAGAAUUACCAAGAACGAGGACAAGUCAAAACCAGUCACCAUGACAACAAGAAACUACACAUGAAUGUCAAUGACCAGGACAGUGAAGGAGACACUGCCAGUCAGACAGCAGAAAGCAGCGGCAGCAGGGAGAUCUGUAACCCGCCCCUGUGA